AUGCGGUUGCUCUCGUCCGCAGAUCCUCACGUGCGGUUCAACUCGUGCAACGAGCCGAUAACACUCGACGGUGGCUACGCUGUCCUCUCGCACGUCUGGCAAGAUAUCGAGCAAUCUUACGCAGAGAUUGUCGCCUUGGAACAGGACCUUGCUCUCGUCAACGACCCGCGUCUCAGCAUCAAGGUCCGGAAGUGCUGGCAUCUCGCGCGAGCCCACGUUCUUCCCUGGUUCUGGGUCGACGCCCCCUGUAUCGACCAGACAAAUAGUGCGGAACUCUCAGAGGCGAUCUCGUCUAUGUACGAGUGGUAUGCGCAGUCAUCGAUUUGCUUCGUCCACCUUCCCGAUGUCCCCUCCGACGACGACAUCCGGGCCUCUGGCUCCGCGUUCCGGAAGAGCGUUUACUUCCGGCGCGCAUGGACGCUGCAGGAACUCAUCGCUCCUCGCCGUGUCCUCUUUCUCUCUACCGACUGGACCGUCCUGGGAGACAAGCAGGAGCUCGCGGACCUCCUAGAGGAGAUUACUGGGAUCGACCGGGAUGUCCUCACCUUCCGUCGUCCCCUCUCCGACGUGAGCGUCGCGGACCGUCUCUCUUGGGCAUCACAUCGCAAUGCACGCCGUCCGGAAGACGUCGCAUAUUGCUUGAUGGGCCUUUUCGGCAUCCACAUGGCUCCUCUCUACGGUGAAGGCGGGUACAAAGCAUUCAUCAGGCUACAAGUGAACAUCAUGCUGGAAGUCUGCGACCACACACUUUUGGCAUGGAGCGAGUCCCAAGACCUACGUAACCCGUCCAUCUGGCCCUUCGCUCCCUCUCCAAAAGCAUUCAUACGACAUGCUCGUCUGGUCAAGGUCGACAUGGAGCAUUUCUUGGCGUCAAUCAAGCCUCUAUGCUCAGCGUCCUAUCCAGGGCAACGGUUCCUACCAUGCAUCGGUCCAGUCGAUCACCAUGGGCUGAAUUGUAGCCUUCCUGUUCUCUUUCUCGGUUCGACACCUUUCGCCGCGCUACUUGCAUGUCGGGAAGAACACUCUCCGUCGACUUACGUGGCGAUCGCCAUGCGCCACAAGGUUCCAGUGGUUCCCGGCGUGUAUGACGUGGGGGCAUGGGCUCAACAAGCGUCUCCAUCUCCGGAAUGGCCACCGUCUCGACUGCUCCGCGUCAACCUGGACCUCAUAGCUCCCCACGUAGCCAUCCGGGCAGCUCUCGCUCAGGACGCCGUGGAGCAGACCCCGGCGCUGAUCAUGCGCUUCGAAAGCUUCCACAUCGCAGCUACCUCUACGCGUGCAUUACUCUGUCCUUCAACAACACCCCUCUCCAUCUCCCGAGGUACAUCUCCUCCUUCCUCGCCUCCUCCAUUACCAAACGCCAGUGUCGGCUCCGACGGCCCUCGUCGUACAGACGCGGUGGUUUCUCCCGGUUGCUCGCAGCCUCGCCAUCAAGUCGCACAGUCUAUUCGUGGCGCCAUCAAGUCGCACAGUCCAUUCGUGGCGCCAUCCAGCAUCCCAAAACUUUCUAGGCUCGCGCGGUGGUGGCGCGACGGCGCACACAACCAUGACGGCACAGUACGCGAUCUCGCCCACACGCCCCCAUCGUAG